UGAGACCACCAGGGCCCUGAUGCUGACCGAUGGCGCCAUCGUCUCUGUGGACCGCCACUUCCUUUCUGACAUGUCCAACAUGACCGUGCUGUCCCUGAGCCACAACGCUAUCACCACCCUCACCCACGACGCCUUCCAAAAUCUCACCAUCCUCCACACCCUCCUCCUGGACCACAACCACCUCUCCAGCCAGACCCUGGACAGGGCCACCUUCUCCUGGCUGCCCAGGUUGGAGAUCCUCCAGCUGGGGAACAAUGCCCUGAGGGAAGUCAAAGGCUCCUGGUUCCACGCCGCCAGGGCCCUGCGGACACUGCAGCUGGGGGGGAACCUCCUCACCAGGCUGGACGCCACUACCUUUGCCUCGGCCGACCUCCGGGCGCUGGAGAACCUGGAUCUGUCCGAUAAUCUGAUAACAUAUCUGGGGAGGGAUAGCUUCCGGGGCCUGCCGGGGCUCCGUAGUCUGGAUCUGUCCAGGAAUCAGCUCCGAAACGCCCUGCCUGAAGCAUUUUCCUACCUGUCUUGGCUAACUAGUCUCAACCUGGAACUGAACAGGUGGAACUGUACGUGUGAGCUGAGGGAGCUGGCGUCUUUCCUCACCAGCUAUAUGGAGGCUCCGGAUAAGGUGCUGUUCAACGGGCGUAGGAUGGUCUGUGUGAGUGCUGACAACCCGGCAGUGAAGACGGUGCUGGAGCUGACGGAGGCCAACUGUGUUCCACCCAAUCAGAACAUCACAGUGCAGGUGGAGGCCAAGAACUCCGUCUCUCCUCAGCGCUACACCAGAGACCUGGCUCUGGCCGCUGCCUUCUGCUUCGCUGGUGGUGUUGGACUCACCCUAGCUGUGGUGUACAUAAUUUACCGCAAACUGGAGACGAACAAGAGAGACCGGACUGGAGCUAAGGAGGAGGAGAAUAGGAGGACAGCACCCACCCAAACAGUCCCCCAGUGGGAUCCGAUCAGGGAGAACCAAGCCCUUCACCUGGCUCAAAUGGGACUGGAAACCAAGCUGAUGCUCCCCAAUAGCAACCAGCAAGGCAGCCACCUUCAGCUCUGGGAAAGGGAGAGAGCCAUGUAUGAUCUGAGGAUGGGUAAAGACGGCCGCCAUUUUACACGCCCCCACUGUGGCCCUGCAGUCACUGGGUCUGCAGUGGAACAGGGGGGAGGAGACGAACACAUGAACACCCUGGACAUGCUCAGGCAGGGAGGAGCCCAGCCCAAUAAGAUGGGGAGUCUGGCCAUGACAGAUGAGAGGAGGAGACAUGUGCCAACGCAAGCACUGAUCUCGAAGAUGGAAGAUCUAAGAGGUCAAAGGUCAUUCAACAGGCCACCAGAGGGUCAUCAGGAGUUACUCGAUCACCAACAGGGUUAUAAAAAACAUGGUCCUAAUGGCAACAACCAGCCAUUGGGUGGCAGCAACAGCUACUUUUCACCUGCUCAAAGAAACAUGUCCACACAUAAAGGUCUAAGAGAUGAGAUGGCAAGGCCUGGAAAUUACAUUGACAACAAACAGUCAAAUUUACAUUUCCAACCAGAGGGUGGCAGACCUGUGACUGACUAUCAACCCCAAACUGCCAGCUGUGUGAACUGUCACAGAACCUAUGAGUACAGACAGCCAGGGGAUAAAGCCAGGGAUGUUUCAUAUGGACUCCAUGCAAGAGAAUCUGCUGGAUAUGAGGGAUUCCCCAACCACAACCAACUGACAAGGCAACAUAUGGGAAAGAACAUGAACUACAACCAGCCUAAUGUGGACAUCUAUGCAAAGCAUGCAAGUGAGCAGAGGAGUGUGACCUUUGACUUGGAAAGACCUCGAGUGCAUGUCGUCGAUGUACAAAAGAUGAACCGUGAUAGUGAAGGCAAACAUGACAGGAUUCAAAGUUCUAGGAAGGCGGAAUAUGGUGACACGCAGACACUGCGCUAUGAAGGCAGUGGACGAUCUGCGAGGAGUAAUGCUCUUGAAAGAGAAGACAACUCUAAAAGGCAUAAACAUAAAGUCCAGUCAAGUGGUUUACUAAAAGUAAAGCUCAACCUUAACCCACUUAAGAAAAGCAAGGUCCAUCCAAGGAAAAACAGCCACCAGAAUCUAGAACAGGGCGACAGAGAACCAACCAACUCCAAGAACCGAAAACAACUGAAAACGGGGGGGAAAGAUGUCAAAGGCAAAAGGCACCAACAGGAUGAGUCUGAGUCUAAAGGAAAAACAGACAAAUCCAGUAAAGGAAACUCGACUGCCAAAAACAAAGCCAAUCAGACAUCCAAAAAUAAAUCUACCGUUAGCAAGUCUAAAGAAAUUGAUGAUAAUUAUGAAGAUAAUGAGUCCGAAGAGGAGGAAGAGAAAGAAGAUCCAGUGCCACAGCAAAACAAGGCAUCCUCCAAGCAAAAAAAGACAACCUCAAAAUCAAAACAGGAACACCAGGAAGGCUCAAAUGACCAUCCCAAGAGUAGAACUGCUCAAGAUCAGAAGAAGGCCGACAUCUCACAAAAUAGAACUGGAGGAGUAACUGAGGAAUCUGGUGAAGCACCUAUACCAAGCAAUUUGAGUCCUUACCAGUCAGACCCCAACAGAGCUGGUGGUAGUUCAGCCAAUGGGCAGCAGGUGAAGCAAUACAAAAAUGGACAGGGCCAAGCACUCAUCCCUGAGACACCCCAACACCCCCGUUGCCUAGGCGAUGGAGUGGUUCUUCAGAGGGCAUUGAGUAACCCACAACUGUCAGCAACACACCCCCUCACAGGAGUGGAAAUGACUUCCAGUUACAGUAACCUUCCUGUGCAGGGAGGGAACUCUACACUAUUACAAAACACUGUUGCUCCAAACCCUGCUUACGGUGGUAAAUUACAGCCUCAAAGCUUGAGCAGACCAGGCAGUUUAGACAAUUUACAGGCUCAAAGCCUGAGCAAACAAGGUCGUUUAAGUCCUCCACCUUUACUGACUAACAUCCCACACACAUUCCCACUAUACACAGGCAAUGUAGGGAGCUUGCCUGUAAAUCCAUUUAUCCCGCUGUUGUCACAGCCAGUUUCAGGAAACUUUAACCAGGAGGCCAUGAUCGGCUCUCAGCCAACCCAGUUUCCAGCACUCCAAAGCGUGGAAGAUCUCACUCUGCUUGCCCAGGGUCCUGGAUCACUAAUUGAAAAGAAUAUCUCUCCAAUUGCCCAGGGUUCUGGCUCACUAAAUGGGGAGAGUCUCUCCAACAACAGUAUGAACGCAGCGACCGCCCGUUCCACAGGAGUACCUGUCCUCAGCAAAAGGCUCACCCAGAAGGAUUAGACUGGUGCUGCCUGAGAAAACCACUAACAGACCGCCAACUGCUCUGGAGAGGGAAAUCAGAUAAGUGGAUUUGAAUUGUCCUAUUGUGUUUCCUUGUGGGUUCAAAAAUAAGGGAUAGCUCAAAAUGACCGCUUCAUCUUAAUGCUCAAGUGAACCUAGAACGAUGCCCUCUAUUACAGUGAUAGAACUUCUCAACAUACUCUACGUCAUGUUAUAUUGAAUGUCAUGUGAAAAUGUUAUUUGUCCACUGCUUAUUAUUCUGCCUAGUUGCUUGAUCAUAAAAUACAAAUAUAUAUAUAUAUAUAUAUAUUUUUUUUUAAACAUACUGUACAUGAAAUAUUUACCGUAUUUAUUUGUCAGCCAAUGCACUUACUCAACCCGUCAUCCUAUGUUUAACACCUGACUCAAGGUGUUAUGAAUGAUUUAAUGCUGAAGUUGUCAAGUGUGUGCAUUGGUAGAUAACUUGUAUUUUUAUCAAUUCUGUUUUACACAAAUAAAACAUUUGAAUAAACAUGGAAAUAAAAU